GUAACAAUGUUAUGCUAAUCAGUGUAUUUCUUCUUAAUCAAUCAGAUUUCAUCAAGUGCACAAUCUAAUCCUAAUCUUGUCACAUCUGGUUUGAACCCCAUUCUUUGAGGCAAUAUAAAAAGCUCUCCGCUGCAAGAAGAGGACACAACAAGCUGGUAGAACCUCUGGAGUAAAGAGAUCAGCUGUCCUCAUCAUCCUGCAACAAUGAAGUUCACUCUAGCUAUCGCCCUCCUGAUGCUGGUUAUUUCUCACGGCACUGAGUCUGCAUCUAUGGUGAAGCGUGAUGUGCCCGCGGAGAUUGAGAAGAUCACCAAGUACCUCCAGGAGCUGAGCAGCAUGCUCACCACCACCACCGCUGAACUGGUGGAGAAGAUUAAGGCCGCUGACCUGACCAGCCAGGCUGAGGCUUACCUUCAGGAGGGCAAGGCUCAGGUGCAGCCACUGCUGGAGAAGGUCCAAGCACAGCUGAAGCCCCUGACAGCCAACAUUGAUGAGAAGCUCAAGCCCCUGUUCGGACCCAUCCUGUCCCAGAUCCAGCCUCUCGCUGCCUCCGUCGAGGCCCAGGUGGAGGAUCUCCUCAGGAAGGUGAUGGACCACACCAAGGCCCUGCUCCCUCCUCAGUAAAUCAACAGGCCCCUGCUGACUCCAAAUGUGCAUUAUCUUGAAGACAAAAACUUUUGUUGUUGCAUCAUGUCAUGUAUCACUGCUAUGCUGCUCUGCUGAGCCCCUCUCAGCCUUGGAAUGAGUUUACUGAUUAUUUAUCUGAAUCCUUAAAACGCUUCAGAGGUGACCAUCUAA